AUGGCCCAAGGCCAAAUCAAAAAGGGACCCAAACCUUCCUCCACGAAACUCUCGAAUUCUGGAGGCAUCACCAAGAAGGGCUCGCGGACCAUAACACCCAAGAAGGCAAAGCUGUUGAAGCAAGCCAAGUUGAACAAGAAGUACACCGCGGGGCUUACGGCAAAGACAGAAGCCAUGCUGGGUGCGCGCGCAGGACACUUGGAGAUGUUGGGGCAGGCGAAGAAGAAGGACGGCGCGGCUGCAGCCAACAGCAAGGCAAAGGAGGCCAUGUGCCCGAUCACUCUUGCUACCACUCUGGUCGAGGCGAAGACGAUCCCAUUCUGCCUCCGGGCGCAGCACCCGCAACGACUGCCUGCGAAAGAAGGGGUACAAUUAUACACCCGGAUAUUAGUGGUCAUGACCGGUCGAGGAUUCGGCCAAACAAAGCCACCAAUGAUUAUGCUUGAUACGUUCCGACUCAAACCCUCGAAAACCUCGAACGCCGAUCCUGGUAUAUGA